CCUACAGGUGAUGUUCCUCGCCAGCGCCCUCGGGCCCUGCGAGUGAAGCCGUCUGCAAGAGCUUCGCGCCUGCAGUCGUGCCGUUUGCAAGUUCUAUGAGCUUGCAGAUGAUCCCCACCUGGAAGCGCCUCGAGCCUACAGAUGGACCCCAACUGGGAGUGCCUUCGUGCCAGCCGGUGAAGUUCCGUGCGGCUGCCCCUCGGGCAGCCAGCGAGCGGAAGCCGUUUGCAAGUGCCUCGAGCCUACAAACGAUGCCACCUGGAAGUGCCUCGAGCCUACAAACGAUGCCACCUGGAAGUGCCUCGAGCCUACAGCUGAUGCCGUCUGCAAGUGCCUCGAGCCUAGAGAUGAUGCCAUCUGGAAGUGCUUCGAGCCUACAGGUGAUGGAUUACUCCUUUCCCGCAGACGUCCUAUCUCCUUAGGUUCCUGCGGGGGUCGCAGAUGUCCAACACUGUGUACCGGCCAGCGAAGACGGCCUUUGCAACCUGUACGUGGUGCUGGCUACGAACCUGUUCUUCCUGACUGAGAUCUUCGGUCCAGAUUGAGCAGAGCCAAUGCAGAGACGCGACUGUAUAUAGUUUAUCCGUCGUAGAGAUCAUUAUCUAGUUGCAUGAACACAUUCAUC